AUGGAUAAGUUUAAGACGGAUGAAUUGACAAGAUAUUUGAAGGCAGUUCAGGAUAUCAAGCCUACUGAUUUUGAAAUUCUUCAAGCGCUGAUAAAAGCAGAUAUAGACCCUGAAGAAAUCUCAAGUGUGACUCGUUUGAGGGGGUCCAGGUCAGGAGUGAUCAGGGUUCGUAUGAAAACUCGCAAUUCCCUCGAUGUACUUGAUGAUCAGGUAAAAAAAAGAAAAAUUUCUAUUGGCGGGGUUGUGCUUGGGGCCGUUUCUGAGUGUGGAUAUUUUGUGAAGGUGGUACUCGAGAAUGUCCCCAUGUGCAUCACGGACUCCGAUGUGGAAGAUGAAAUGCGAAAAUACGGCAGUGUGAUAAAGAGCGAGAAACAAUAUUUAGAUUAUGCAGGCUGUCGGAUUGCCAAUGAAAAAAGAAUCGUUCUAUUCUCUGCGAUAAAUAAAGGAACAUCUCUUCAAAAUGCGCGCAUCCCUAUCUGCGGCAGUACGGUUUUUUCAUCAAUCAUUCCGCAAGCAUCGGAUAGCAAACAGCUGACAACAUCAGCUGUCCAACCAGCUGUCCAAUCGGCUCAUGUAGCCGCUAGACGCAAAUCAUUUGGAGCAAUCCCGUUACGUGACAAUAAUGAACCUGAUCUGGAAGAUGAUUGGAUGGUUCGUCUGGAACGUAGGCGGAGUUUCAAAGUCAAACAAGCUGAAGGUCAGAUGUCAUCUGUUGCCUAUAGACAGUCAACUGUCUUCAGGGAUGUUGAGAAGAAUAUAGUAGGUGGUGGCUACGACAUACUAACAUCAAAAGAUUUGAAAACACAGCAGCAGCAACCUCAUCAGAAUUCAAAUCAGAUGAACAAGGAUGAAAAGGUUGGCAAAGUAGAAAAUGAGAGCUCGAAGCAGGAAGAUGAUGAGGAUAGAAACAAGUUGAGUUGGUUGAAGGCAUUCGAUAAGAGAAGGUCAUCGAAGAAACUGGCAUUUCAAGUCGAUAAAACCACGAAAAAUUUAUGUUUAAACCAAGAAUUGAAAUCGAAAAUUGAAGAAAAAUUGGAUGAAAUAAAGAGGAAACAGAAAGCCGUAGCGACACCAUCAUUAUCUGAUCCAUCGAAACUAAAAAAUAAUCUUAAACUACCGGACUUUAAAUCGCAGAAAAAGGUAAACUGGAUCAGUAAGAAGAUACCGGAAAUCAGAUCAAUUACGUCAUCAAACGUUGCCAAAAAGCCAAAAUCAUGCAACGAGAGUUUCGUGAACUUUCUCGAAAUGCGUCGCAAGCAAAAAAGAGCUGACGCUUUCGAGCAGUUAAGCGCCAAUCUGAUCUGA